UGUCAGCGUGAGGGUCCGCGCGCGCCUAAAAGCCGCUUGAGCCACCGAGUCGCCGCUCAGUUUCCUGUCGAACGUUGUUGUUGACGCACGUUUGUGUUCCUUCUCUCCUCUCAUCUGUCGCUUAUUGAAAUGGUCUGGGGAUACGCAAAAGAGAACGGACCUGCCACCUGGGCAAGCAUCUUCCCAAUUGCCGGGGGCAACCGCCAGUCGCCCAUCGACAUCAAAAGCCGAGGAUGCUGUGAGGACUCCGGACUGAGCGGCCUCCGGGUGGCAUACCAGGGCAUCCACGUGUCCGAGCUCUCCAACACUGGAUCCUCAUGGAAGGCCCAGGUCGCAGGAGGAGAAUCCUGCCUGACUGGAGGACCUCUUGGCAACAAUUACGUUCUUGAACAAUUCCAUUGCCACUGGGGAAGAACCAAUGACACUGGUUCGGAACACACCAUCGAUGGAAACAAAUACCCUGCAGAGCUUCAUCUUGUGCACUGGAACAAGGACAUGUUCGGCAGUUUUGCUGAAGCAGCUGCAAGUGAUGGCGGUCUUGCCGUGCUUGGAAUGUUCCUCACUCUUGGCAGCGAGCAUGAGGAAAUGAACAAGAUUUGCAAGUUGCUGCCUUUCAUCCAACACAAGGGCCAGGCCAUCACCAUCCCAGAGCCUAUCAACCCACUGGCUUUCAUUCCCAAGAAUGGUUCCUACUUUACUUAUGCCGGUUCCCUGACUACACCUCCUUGCUACGAGUCUGUGACAUGGCUCGUCUAUGGCCAACCCCUCGAGGUCUCCGAGGGCCAGCUCGACACUUUCAGGGCCAUGAAGUCCUACCACCCAAGCGAGUGCUGCCCCCAGGAUGAGCUGGAAGGGUGCCUGGUGGAGAACUACCGGCCCCCUUGUCCUCUGAACGAGCGCGUCGUGAGAGUCUUCCGCGACUCCCAAGAGGAAGAAUAAGCUUAUUCUCGCGACAAUCUCUUUAUUUAUAAAUGGGAACCUCGAUCGGACAUUAAUGUAUUGUGUACAUAGGAGAGAGAGAGAGAGACAUAG